GGAGACGGAUCCAGCAGCGAGUUGCAGCUGCACGGGGCCUUUUUUUCCCGUGGAGAGAAAAUCAAACAAAAACAUCGGCACGGUUUUUAAAAAUCACGUCCGGAGGAGCGGAGGGAUUACCGGGCCGGCUGUCAAACUUCACCGCCCAGCUCCUGGCCGGCUCCCUGCGCGCUUCACCCGGGGAAACCACCGAGGGGUGGUGCGGCGACUCCAUGAAAGAUGACAGAGGAAGCCAUCGUGAUCGCCAAGUGGGACUACCAGGCCCAGCAGGAGCAGGAACUUGACAUCCGGAAGAACGAGCGGCUCUGGCUGCUGGACGACUCCAAGACGUGGUGGCGCGUGCGGAACGCCGCCAACCAGACGGGCUACGUGCCGUCCAACUACGUGGAGAGGAAGAACAGCCUGAAGAAGGGCUCGCUGGUCAAGAACCUCAAAGACACGCUCGGCCUUGGGAAGACGAGGAGGAAGACCAGCGCCCGCGAUGCUUCUCCGACACCCAGCACCGAUGCAGAGUACCCGUCCAAUGGCAGCGCAGGAGGUGCCGAGCGCAUCUACGACCUCAGCAUCCCGGCGCUGGUCAAGUUCGCCUACACGGCUGAGCGCGAGGACGAGCUAACCCUGGUGAAGGGGUCACGGGUGGUCGUCAUGGAGAAAUGCAGCGACGGUUGGUGGCGGGGCAGCUCGGGCGGCCAGGUCGGCUGGUUCCCAUCCAACUACGUGCUGGAGGAAAAUGACGGUGAGGCGGCUUCGGUCGAUCCAGCUCGGGGAGGCGUUGUCAGCUACCAAAGGGUGGGAGGGGCGAUGGUGGUGUCAAACGGCCAAUCAGCUUGCAGCAGGGUCCUCCACACGGUACAGACCUUGUACCCAUUUAGCUCCGUCACAGACGAGGAGCUGAACUUCGACAAGGGCGAGGUGAUGGAGGUGAUCGAGAAGCCGGAGAACGACCCGGAGUGGUGGCGAUGCCGGAACGCCAGAGGUCUUGUAGGCUUGGUACCAAAGAACUAUGUGGUUGUCCUCAGUGACGGCCCUGCCCCAUUGGGCUCCUCCCCCUUGCUGUACACGGGGCCUGCUCACACCGGCAAAUUCGCCGGUAAGGACUGGUACUACGGCAACGUGACACGGCACCAGGCGGAGUGCGCCCUCAACGAGAGAGGGGUGGAGGGAGACUUCCUGGUCCGAGACAGCGAGUCGUCGCCCAGUGAUUUCUCCGUCUCCCUCAAAGCUGUGGGCAAGAACAAACACUUCAAGGUCCAGCUGUCGGAAAGCGUUUACUGCAUCGGGCAGCGGCGCUUCUCCACCAUGGACGAACUGGUGGAGCACUACAAGAAGGCGCCCAUCUUCACCAGCGAGCACGGCGAGAAACUUUACCUGGUCCGACCUCUGCAGUGACCAAUGAACCCAAAAAACCCAACAGACCAAACCUGGCAACCCCCGCCAAUCAAGCAACCCACCACCGCUCAGUACAAACAAACAAACUGGAUAGCCGUCCAAUUCCAGUUGCUUUUUUCUCCGGUGGAAAUUAAUUCUACAGAAGCUUGGAUCAUUCUGCUGGUUUUUAUUGUGCAACUUUGAGGCAGUUGUAGUUAAGGCAUGAUGACUACAGUCACUCGAGAUGGAAAUACAACAGUCAAAUCCCACAUGAAUGCAGGAACAAACCAAUCCAAUAGCUAUCCUCUGGUCUAGACUUGUCCAGUCCAGUUCCAGUAGCUUUAAUCUGGCUGGAAUCCGUUCUGUAGAAGCCUGAAUGGCUCGGUUGGUUUUACCACUCAAAUCUGACAGAAUAAGUUCAGGCAUGAUGAAUGCUGUCCUGUCACUUAGUAUGGAAAUAGAAAUGCUCUUGCUCAGUCUGGCCCAGUCUAGUUCCAGUACCUUUUUUUGUGCUGGAACGUGUUUCACUAAAGCCCAGACGGCUGAACCAAUUUCACGGUACACCUCUGACACAGUUCAAGUUGAGCCAUGAUGAAUACAGCUAGUUUAGAUGGAAAUAUAACACAGUCAGACCCGACGUACACACAUAAACAAACCUGCUCUAGUCUUGUCCGGUCUGAGGAUAAUUCCAGUAGAGUCCAGUCCCAGUAGCUUUUUUUUCAAUGGAAUUGUAAAAUGGAAUUCUAAAAAAGCCUGGACGGUUCCUCUGGUUUUACCAUGCAACACUGAGGCAGUCAUAGUUAAGACAUUACGACUGUAUUCACUCAAGAUGGAACUAUAACAGUCAAAUCCCACAUAAAUGCAAAAAUAAGCCAGCAUGACAGUACAUUUGGUCCGGUUUAGAUCAGCUCGGUCUGGUCCAGUUCCAGGAGCUUUAUUUCGGCUGGAAACAUUUCUGUAGAAGCCAGAAAGGCUCAGUUGGUUUUACCACUCACUUUGACAGAGUAACAGUUGAAGUAUGAUGAAAACUGUCCUGUCACUUAGUAUGGAAAUAUAAAUGUCAGGUUCCAUAAACUCACAAACAACGAAAGCCAACUUUCAGUCCACUCUCGCUCGCUCGGUCUGGUCCAGUCCAAUUCCAGUAGCUUUUUUUGUGCUGGAACGUGUUUUACAAAAGCCCAGAUGGCUGAACCAAUUUCACCACACAUAUUUUACAUGGUUAAAAAUUGAGCCAUGAUCGGUACGGCUAGCUUCGAUGGAAAUAUAACACAGUAGGAUCCCACAUAAACACAAAAACAAUCCUGAUCGGAGGAUAGUUUGGUCCCAUCCAACUCCAGUUGCUGAUUCUAAGAAAUCCUGGACGGCUCUUCUGGUUUUACCAUGCAACUCUGAGGCAGUCAUAGUUAAGACAUGAUGCCCAUACUCACUCAACAUGGAAGUAUAACAGUCAAAUUCCACAUAAAUGCAAAAAUAAGCUGACGUCACUGUCCUACUUUGGUGUGGUCUCGUCUAGUCUAGAUCAGUUCGGUCCGGUCUAAUUCCAGUAGCUUUAUUUUGGCUGGAUUUCAGUUCAGAUUCUGUUGGUUUUCUUACUGAAAUUUAAUACAGUAAUAUAACAACUGAGACAUCUCGAAUACUGCCACCUAGUAUGGAAAUAUAAAUGUCAGGUUCCACAAACUUACAGACAAAGAAAGCCAACUCUUGCCCGGUCUGGUCCAGUCCAAUUCUAGAAUGUAUUUUAGAAAACUCCAAAGGUUGUACCAGUUUCACCGCACACCUUUGACUUGGCUGUAGUUGAGGCAUGAUGGAUUCUGCUAGAUUAGAUGGAAGCAUGACACAGUCAGAUCCCACAUAAACACUUAAAGAAACAAACCUGGCCUUGUGUCUUCUGGUUCUAAUUCCAGGAGCUUUUCUUUGGAUGAAAUUGAUUGUAAGAAAGUUCUACUUGUUUCUACCCUACAACAGUCACAGUUAAGCCAUGGCGAAUACCUAAGAUGAGUCACUUAUGAUGGAAAUGCAUCAGUCAGACCCCACGAGCAAACAAAGCCAUUUACUGGCUGUGUUGCUAGAAUGUAUUUUGCAGAAGCCCAUAUGGCUUUAUUGGUUAUAGCACGCACCAUAUGACCCGAUUACAGUGGAACCACGAGGGAUGCUGUUAGUCUAAAUGGAAAUAUAACAGUCAGACUCCAUAUGUUCCCAUAACCUCCAAAGCAAAUCUUCUUGUCAGGUCUAGUCACGUCUUGUCACUUUUAAUUUUGACACUGUCGCAAUUGAGCCAUGGUGGAUUGUGCAAGUAUUGAAGGAAAUACAGUGUAGACAGAUGCCAUUUUGGUGCUCCAGUAUGUUAGUGUGUUAGUUUAACAAGGCAGAAAUAUGUGAGUCAAACCUCACACAAACACACAAACAAAGAAACCCAGUAGCUGUCUUCUGGUCUGGUUUGGUUGGGUCCAAAUCCAGCACCGCUUUUUUUCUGCUGAAAUCUGUUCCACGGAAGCUGGGAUUUUCAGUUUUAUCAUGCAACUUCUGCCAGAGUCCCAUUAGCACAUGAUGUAUUUUUACUCUGGGUGAAUUACAAUGCUGGACAGUGCCAUUUUGGUGAAUACUACUCGUUGCGGUGCCUCAUUCAGACCAGAUGGCCCUCCUCUGGUUUGGUCUGAGUUGCAGUUUAGCCGUGGUGAGUGCUAUCAGCCAAAAUGGAAAUACAUGCCACACUCAUGCCAUUUUGGUGCUCAGCAGUCAAUCAGUGGAUCCAUUAGAGCCUGCAGCAGAGCCCUGACCAGUAAAUGGUUUUUUGCGUCAGCCAGCCAUCGGUCUGACUGUCCACCAUAUCGCUCUGAAUCUGCUUAAUAUCCAGAAACAGCCUUCGCCAAGUGACCAUUUUGUAAGUGCUAGCUCUUUUCGCCUCAUUUGGCGGCGCCACAUGUUGUGUCAAACAUUUCCCCUGAUUUUCUAAAGUGAUUUUGCUUCCAGUUUUGAACCAAGGUUGAGGGCAAAGAGUCGGCCUCUGAUGCCGAAGCAAGUUGGAGAACUUUUCUGCAGAGGCGACGGGAGCAAACGGCGAGUGGCCGACCAAUCAACGUGGCGUCUCCGUCUCGUUUGACUUCGACGAGUCUGUUUGUAACUGUUUCUAAUAAAUGUACGGCUUCUCUUGGUGGUAUUUGUACUAUUCAGGAACCCCUAAACCUGAGGAAUCAGAUCUCAGGUGGAAAGGGAGACACCUGAAAACUUUUUGUUUCGUGAAACGGGCAAGUAAGCUGUGAGUUGAAUGUUUCUAGAUGUACAGUGCAACCAAAUGUGCCACCAGUAUAUCGCUCAUCCAUGUGCACACUCGCCAUAACCCACUGCUCCUCGGUUUGAGUGAUGUGGAACAAACCGAAGAGUCUGAUUUAAAAACCGAGGGGAGAUCUCUGUCGUCGUUGGCUGCGUGUUUGCUGAUGAGAGUCUAUUUAACAUUUCAGAGUUACAUGUAGCCAAUUUCAAGAGCCGAUAAAUGAAAGAGAGGAGAUCUCUGAUUUUUAUUGGCUGUUUGAGUUCUAAUGAGAGUCAGUUUAAAGCUGCACUACUUAGUUUUAGGAAGAAACCACCAUUCGUGUCAAUAAUUUAGGAUUUUCAAACACUUAUAAAUUGGAUCAGUCCUUGUCAAAAGCUCCAAAACUAAACUUUUGAAUCAAAAUGAACCAACAGCUGUCCUAAAACAUAUUUUCACAUAUUGUGAUUCGGAAAAAAAACUGUUGGGUCGGCAACAGCACCCAGUUUUUCUAGAUAUUCUCUUAAUAUCAGUGUGUUGCAGUUAAUACAUCUUGGGUUAUUUCGAGAUUAAGAUAUUGUGUUGAAAUGUAAGCCAAGCUAAUCACAUGAAUGUAUUAAAGGAGUGCACAGACUUUAUGGGAGUUUGUCGAAGUUUGAAAGUCUGUUUGUUUUAUUCUCUUUUCUACGGCCUGUGGAUUCAUCAUUUCUGAAAACGAAUUUUUGUUUUGAGUUAAAAACUUUUGUAGUAUGCUUUUUUUUUUUUUUUACUUCCUUUGUAAGCAAAACAGGUUGCCCUUUGAGCUUUUCUGACACUCAAAGUUUAAUCUUUUUGAUAUAUUUUAAUGUUUAUUUUACCGUUCCCCUAAACAAACCCGCUGGAUUUUGAUGCACAGCAUUAAACCUUUGAGCUGCUGCAGGUUUUCAGUCUCUCACUUUGAAGAUUAAAUAUACAUAGCAUGCACACCAGAUGGCGCUAUCUGUCAAAUGACCAAACUGUCAAAAGGUCUGUCAAAAGUGAUACAUCUUGUUGUAUUUGGAGAGUUUUGCAUCUUCCUCGUGGCCCUGUGCCUCUUUUCACCGCUGGAAACUCCUCUGACUCGUUCACAUAUUCUUCCUAAAACUACAUGGUGCAGCUUUAACAUUUCCUUUUCAUCUGUUUCUUUUUUUAAUUUUAUUUUUCUUUACAAUGUCUUAAUGUUACUGAGCACUGUUAUUUAAAUCUUGUUUCAGCUGUAUAUGUCUAUUUAAAAAAAAAAAAAAAACCCAGAAGAGUACUGAGGUGUAUGGAGUGCAGACGCGGCACUGAGAGGUACUGUACUCGACGGCUGUGCUUCGUCACAUUAAAGGUUUUCCUGAGUGAACGGA